AAUCCCUGGUUCACCUGAGCAGAUAUUUUAGCUUCAGAUAGACAUGGCUGCUGACACAGAAUUUGUGUUUUCAUCUCUUAAGGAACUGGUGAUAUUAUAUGCACCUGAAGCAGACCUGAGCGGUCUUGAUGAUAUUGUGGUGAACUACGUACUUGGGGUGGUGGAAGACGAAGUGGCUGGAGAACCUGCAGACGUGGAGGGAGUGAAGCAGCUUGUCGAGGCCUAUGAGCCGAGCUUCAGUGAUGUGCCUGACCAUGAAAUAGGGGAGUGGAUCAUCAAUACGGGCAAAGCACUCAAGCAGCGACGAAAUAAAGGAGAAAAAACCCCAGGCGUGACUCUUGAUGCCAUUGUGUCCGCCUUUACAUGUGAAGCCAAGACAAAGUCGCGCAUUCCCUCCACUUCUGAAAUCAAUUCAGUUAUUGAGCGGGCAACACCAGAUGGGAAGGUACGUAAGUGCAGCUCCAGUUCAUGCAGCACGAGCAGCACCAGCGACGUGGACACGUUACUAGAGCUCUUCCCUGACGCCUGCCGCGUCGACGCUGAACGCUGCCUCCUCACCAGCGGUGGUGAUGUACAGGAAGCAAUCACACUCAUGCUCGACGCACCACCUCUCAACUCACGCAUCUCUUCUAUUGAAACGGCUGUGAGCAAGGCGACAGCGAGGAAGCUCAUGGACGACGAGGCUGUGAAGGCGUCCAUCAUCAACAAGUACGGCUUUAUUGACCACAAUGAAGACCUCAAGGAACACAAGCCUGUUCUCCCGAAAUGGCUACGAGCAUCUGUUGUCUGGUGCAGCUACGAGCAUCUGUUGCCUGGUGCAGCUCGUGAGAUGUGA